AGGUGGCAGGCCUCCAUCUGUGGCCUUCUCGCUGACUUGCAGCAUGACGCCAGCCAUGAACCGGUUUGGUACCCGGUUAGUGGGAGCCAGGGCGAACCCAUCGCCAGCUGCGAAAGCCCACAGCAAUGAAAACCUCGACAAAAUCGAUAUGUCUUUGGAUGAUAUUAUCAAAUUGAAUCGAAAGGAAGGAAAGAAGCAGAAUUUUCCAAGACUAAACAGAAGACUCCAGCAAAAUGGCGCCCGGCAAUUCAGGAUGAGAGUACGAUGGGGAAUCCAACAGAAUUCUAGUUUUGGUAAAAAUAGUCUGAGCCGUAGAGGAAGAGUAAUGCCUGGAAAGAGACGUCCUUAUGGAGUUAUCACUGGCCUUGCAGCCAGAAAAGCAACUGGAAUUCAAAAAGGAAUUAGUCCUAUGAAUCGUCCACCUUUAAGUGACAAGAAUAUAGAGCGAUAUUUUCCAGUGUUGAAAAGGAAGGCAAACCUUCUGAGACAAAAUGAAGUGCAGAGAAAACCAGUUGCAGUUCUCAAGAGACCUAACCAGUUAAACAGAAAAAAUAAUAUUCCAGCCAAUUUUACCAGGAGUGGAAGUAAAUUAAGCCAUCAGAAAGACACUCGUCAGGCAACUUUUCUUUUCAGAAGAGGCCUGAAGGUUCAGGCCCAGUUGAACACAGAACAGCUGCUAGACGAUGUAGUAGCAAAGAGAACUCGUCAAUGGCGGACUUCCACCACAAAUGGAGGGAUUUUGACUGUAUCCAUUGACAAUCCUGGAGCAGUUCAAUGCCCAGUAACUCAGAAGCCACGAUUAACUCGUACCUCUGUACCCUCACUCUUGGCAAAACAGGAGCAGUCUGAAGUAAAGAAAGUUCCUAAAGGUGUUCCUCUACAAUUUGACAUAAAUAGUGUUGGAAAACAGACAGGGAUGACUUUGAAUGAGCGUUUUGGGAUCCUGAAAGAACAAAGAGCUACUCUUACGUUCAACAAAGGAGGAAGCCGCUUUGUAACCGUGGGAUAGAUCCCUUGUCAAAGGGACUUUUGAGUGACGACUCUGUCUGAAAAGUUGAAUUGCUUGAAGAGCUUGUCACAGAAAUUCAAGAAACUUUUUAUUUGAAAAUAGUCACAAGGCUAAAUAACUCAUUAUUUUUAUUUUUGAUGGGUUUUUUUAAAAAAAAAAAUGAAAAAGAAAGAAAAACAAACAUGUAUAAAAUAAUACCCUAAAAGAAUAACAGGGAAUAUAUCUAUUCAUAAAGAUUUUAUGGUUGCCCAUGCAGAACAAUUCUCUUUUUGACUUUAUUUCCUCAUGCAGCAGAUGGAAGGCAGAAAGAUAGAAAUUAAUUAUUUUUAUGAUAGUGGUAUUUAGUAUCUUGCCUUCUUUGCCUGUUUUUUAGACUUUGCCAUGGCAAAUCUUGGUCUUCAGAAAUACAAGUAAAUCUCUUUGUUGCUGUCGCUUACCUUUUAAUAGGGUUGAUGUAACAAUUGCAGUUGCCCUUUCUUCAGUGGAG